GGUAGCAAUUCCCCCCUCCGAUCCCUUCCUCUCUCCCCAGGCGAGGCCAAUCUCCUCUAGUCCGGCGCCGCCAUGUCGUCUCCUGCCUGCUGUGUCUUGCUCAACCGCUGCGUCGGCUUCAGCUUCGUCGACGAGGCCGACGACGACGAAUCAUCGUCGUCAGCUGCGGCGGUUACGAGCAUGAUGGGGGGAACCAAUAAGCCACCCUUCUUCCCAGCCGUAUAUGAGGCCACCGUCGCCAUGCUGGCUUCCAUGAAGCCCGCCGAUGCCGUCCUCCUCCAACCGCCGGAAAUCGCCACCUUCAGGCUGCGGGUCUCCGAGUCCCAUCGUGGCUCGCUGUCCUCCACCCCCCUCGUCGCGUGCGCCGACAAGGGCCUGCUCGUCAUCUACGGUGGCCGCUACUUCGGCCCGGGCUCGUCCUUGUGCGGAUGCUACCUCGUCUACGACGCCGUCGCCUCCGCCGAUCGCCUCUCCACGGUGCCCCCGGCCCCCGACGCGGGCUGCCACAUCAACGGGAUCGGGUCGGGAGCCGUUGUCCUGCGCUGCCACCAACCUGGCCCUUCCUCCUCCGCCGCCUACCUCCUCGCCGAGCUCGCCACCUCGGCGCAGCGCAAAUUCCCCGACCCCGAUGAUGGUGUCCUCUUCCUGUGGCGUUCCGACGAACAACCCACACCCCAGUGGGCCAGGAAGGAGGUUCAUCUCCCCCGUGAGGUGUGCUGGGCGCCCGACAAGCACGUAUUCUACAGCGACACCUCCUUCUCCGGGCCCGGCGGCUGCCUGUGCUGGGUGGAUCUGCUCCGAGGCAUCGUCGUCUGCACCAACCCUUGGGGGCCGGAGGAUCCUGAGCUCCGCUUCAUCCCCUUGCCCGACGGGUGCCCCGCGGUCAGUGCGACCGACUACCCGUACCGCCCGCGUGCGGAGGAGGACCGCUCCGCUGCCUGUGUUGACGGCCGCAUCAAGUUCGUCGCCAUGGUGGGCGUACUGGCAGGCUGGAACGCUCACCAGUUCAGGCUCACCACCUGGACCCUGUCGCCUGACCUCAGCGGGUGGCAGCAAGACGGCGUGUUCCCCCUCGAGGACCUCUGGGCGACUGAGGAGUACCGUGUGCUCAACCUGCGGCAGUACACUCCUGUCUGCCCCGUGCUGAGCGCACGUGAAGAUGGUGUUGUCUACGCCAUCGUCAACGAUAUCGAGGAACGCACCAUCUAUCGGGGUCGUCAGGUUGAUCCGGGAACCGAGCUGCAGUUCAAAAGCCAGUAUGUUAUUGGAAUCGACAUGCGCCGCAACAAGAUCGUCUCCACCAGCUCUGGUAAUCCGCCGGAAAGACUGAUGCAGAUGAUGCCCCGCCUCCUGUCUAUUGAUUUCUGCGCUUCUUCCCUGCACGGCGGUGCAAAGGACCGGCAGAGAGAGGUGGAAGCAAGCCAGGUUGGAGACAGCGGAAAGAGGCUGAAAGUUUGACUGAUCCAUGGAUCUCGGCAGCAUAUUAGCACCGUGGCAGGGCUGAUGGCUGCAAGUUAAUUAUCAUGUAGAAUUAACAUUAUGGCUUUGUUCUGUCGAGCAGAGUAGACAUGUAGAACCUGGCAGAAUGUGUUAAGUUUAACUACUAGAUGUUUGAAUCAUUUGUGGUAACCUAGUGUUAUCAGAUGCUGCUUUUCUCAUCUGAGAAGUGGCCUGGUAACUAGUACCAGUACGUUCUAGACAAUGGUGGAUUCAUCCUCACUGUGAUGGCACCUUUUGGAAGAUUGUUCUGCUUAUGCAGAUUAUCUAUCUAUGUGUAAACCAUCA